UGGUAGAAAAAAAUGGAUAUAUUGGAGCAGCACCUUGAACAGCAGGAUGUCAGGUAGUGUUUAUGUUAAAUAUCGACUGGCUGAUAAUGCGAACACCUAUCCCUCCUGUUUCGCUCGAGGUCUCCUCAAGGUCAUCACGUAGUGCACAGUGCGCACUUACAAGACUUAGGACAACGGUCGUGGAACACUGUUAACGCGAAGGAUGACGGCGGCACAGGAAUUGUUAUUGAGGAAGCGGAAAUCGUCGACUGCGAAGGAGAAACUGUUGGAGAAGAUGGAAUGCGUUAUCCAGAAGCUCUUGCAUAUAGAGUGGUCCAAGUGAAUGGCACUACUGCUGGCAGUGAAAUAGAAUUACCAGUUGCUCAACCUGGAAAUAACACUGUACAGGUCCUAACAUCCCCAUUAAAUGGCCAGUUUUAUGUUAUUGGAAAUGCUAAUGAUGUCUUCACAACUGCGCAAACCUCUAGAUCAUUGGUUCCUAGGACUACUACCCUACAAAUAGAAACACCAAGAAAUUGUACUACUGUAUUGAAGAAGAGGGAUGACAGGAGGAGAGCUACUCAUAAUGAAGUUGAACGUCGACGAAGAGAUAAAAUAAAUAAUUGGAUUGCAAAGUUAGGGAAAAUUAUUCCUGAAUGCAAUACAGGUGCAAAUGGUAGUGGUAGUGGCACUGGAGAAGGCAAGGCAAACUAUGAAACUCAGAGCAAAGGAGGAAUUUUAUCAAAGGCCUGUGAAUAUAUAACAGAAUUAAGAGCAGCCAAUCAAGGACUGGGCCAGUGUUUGCGUGACAAUGAGAAACUACGGCAAGAAAUAACUACAUUAAAGCAGCUUGUUACACAGUUGAAACGUGAGAAUCUUCAGCUUAGAUCACAAAUAUCAUCCUCUACAGGAACAAAUGUCGAUGUUGUUCAUUUGAGUCCUUAAAAGAUUGUUAGUUUGUAAUACAGUGCUUCUUUUUGUAAAUAUUAGGAUAUAUGAAAGCUGACUGGAUAGUCAGAAGAAGUAUUUACUCUUAUAAUUUUUUGUUUCACGG